CAAGAACAACUACAGGAUAAAGAACUACAUGGUGGUGCUGAUGACGUCCUCACGUCAAGCGUUGUCAAGGACGACGACGAGCUCCAACAAGUGGAGGACGAGUACAAGAAGGGAGACGACGAGGACGACGGGGUUUCUCGUCCACCUCCGGUUUCAGUUUCAAGAGGUCUUCAAUUUCCACUGAAGAGCAAAAGCAGAGAAGAAGAUGGAGACGCGACUCCUGGGAUAGUACGACUAGCAGACGAAACAAGUUUGGGAUUCUUGG